GGCGGGGCAGAACCCAUUCCAGGAAGCGCAGGUGGCAGGAGCCUGCAGACAGCAGAUAAGGCCGGCCGGUCUGGUAGCGGGGAUUCAGAUGGAUAGCAGCUUGGGGGGGCUCCUUACGAGCUGCACUUAAAUUUGAAAACUUCACAGAUGUUUCGGGUAAACUACGCUCCAGGCUCUGCCCGUGCCAUCUUAAGAGCUCUGCAUUUCUACUGCUCUUAAACACGGUAGAAAUGGCCUGGCUGGAGUCUAUGAAGCUGGAAACAAACGACACCACUACAAUAAGCCUCCCUGUGACCCUCUCCUUCACCCUCUCCCUGUCUCUCGUUCCCACCCUCCAGCGAAUGCACAACAGCCGCGUUUCAGAAGAGGGGGUGGCUGAAAUCCCCUUCUUCUCAUUGCUAGAGGCCGCGGUAAAACGAACACCAGAUUCCAGGGAGAGGGACGAGCAACCCGGGGUGACAUCUGUUUAUCCUCAGAGGCGAGCCAGGGGACUUCAGGAAGAGCGUCUCGUGGCCGGUGCACGCGGGGAAGGACGCGACUGCUCUGGAUGCGGUCCAGAGAAGAACAGGCGAGUGUCCCUCCCUGACAGGGACAAAGUAACUGAACCUCUUUCACCUUCAAGAGAGAAGAGUCCGGAGGGACCUCAUUCAAGCUAUCAAGACAAGCCAGCUGACUUCUUCAGCACGAACAGCGAAACAGAAAACUGGAGGCGGGAGGAGAAACUAAGGGGCUUCUCAUUCCAGUGGAUCCCGGCCACUUCAGAGGAGCCACAUCUGAAGGGCAGCCCCACCGGGCCUCACUGCCCAGCAGGGGGAGAAGCUGCCUCCCCAGCUGGGGGGGACAUUUCGGGUUGGGGAGGGCCGCACAGCCCAGGGUGGUAUUCAAGGCUAACACCCCUGCUCUUGGAUUUUGAAUCACGUAAACAGACAAAGGAAUCAAGUACUUCAAUUUAAUGCCCCAUCUGAAAAACAGCAACCCCUACAGCACAGUGUCCCUGGUCACAAUACUGGAGCACUGGUUUGGAGAUUCUUGUUGGUGGGGAGGAUCGCCACCUACUGGUCCACUACCAUCACUUGCAGCUGAUCCAAUCCCAGUACUGACCAGGCCCAGCCUUGAGGAGCUACCAAUUCCUCACUAGAUCAGGCUACAGAGUUUCAAGAGUUCUUUGAAGUAGCUUCUGAAAGAUUAAAAGGGUGCCAACACACAUGUGUCAAUUGAGGACUAUUGCCUUUCACGAAAAAACAUUUAGAAAAUGUAACUGAUUUUUUCCUGCAGCGAUGAAACAUAAAAGCAUUAGUGAAGCUAUCCUGCAUGAUAAUGUCAAAAAAAGUGAAAGGCAGAUUCAAAAAAGGGUAAUUGAGAAAUAAUUACUAUGUCAAACAACACGAGAAACAAGGAUGAUUCUAUCAAUCAGUCAGCUAAUGAAGCAACUAAUUCAUUAUCUCAAUCACUAUGAAUGAAUUAAAUCUUUUUGCAAGUCUAGAACCUUGCUGUUUUGACAAAGACUACUUUCUGUGCUUCUAGGACACCUCAGGCUACAGGAAGGGGCCGAGUCUGCACCGCACUAGACAUCUAUCUCCAUACACACACUAAAACACACACACGCACACAUACCAACACACACAGCCUCGCAAUCUCAUGCACACCCAAGCACUAACAUGCACGCCCACACACUAACACAAACACAUGCGCACACGCCCACACACAUGCGCACACACAUGAAAACCACGAAAACCCAGAUGCACAUGUAGGCACACGUGUGGACACACAUCAACAUGCAUGUGCACACUUC